AUGGAAGACGAAUCCAAUCCCCUUGCUCUCAUGACCCUCCAAUACCUCACCGCAGCCACCCGCGCAGCAGCGUUUUUCUUCCUCUCGGCCGUCUGGACCCUGGGCCAGUCCCUCGUCUGGAUGGUUACUGCCGAGGGGUUGGAUUGGAUCCAGUCGAGGGAUUUUGGACCCUUGAUCUUGGAAUGGGAUAGUUUCUUGCUCGGUGCUAUCUUUUUGACGGUGGAUAUUCAUCCUGAUUCCAUUGAGUUCCAUCAUGCAAAGCCCUGUUGUGGGUGGAUGUCGCCCUCGCAUUCGCGGUCGAGUUCCCGGUCCAGCAGUAUUAAUAGUAGUGGUAGGAGGGUAACGUUUGACGAAAAGGUUAAGGUCCUUGGCCGGAGCGGAGCAGUUCAACAACAACAACAACGCGGCAUCACUCCGAUCCUCGUCAACAACUCCUACAACUAUUCAUACAACCAAGACCCUUACGCCGCCCCGAUCAUGACCGAGUCCCCUACCCGAUCCACCUUCUCCUCCGGAUCCAGCCCUUCCUCCCUCUCGCAGGAAGCCGAAUUCCUCCAACGCAACUACGGGUACUCUAACAACUACCAGUACCAGCACCAAUACAUCGACUCACCCUCCUCCUCGCGAUCCAACUCCUGCAGUUCCAGCAUCUGUAGCGUCUCUUCCUCAGAGAGCGUCGAAUCCGCCACCUCUUCUUCCUCGGCUUCCGCGUCUGCGAAGCCCACAGCCUCGACGAAAUCUAAUUCCUCCUCGCGCUUGGUGGCUCUCUUCCACCACAACACAUCUCGUCAUACCUCAACAAACCCUCACAGCCCACCCACCUCCUCACCGAUCGACUCUACUCAGCCCUCAGGAACAAAGUCGAAAAACCUCGUUCACAGGAUCAUGCACCCCCACCAACACAAACGGGAACUUGAGCAACUCAUCCAGCAACAGCAACAGCAGCCGCAGCCGAGGCACGACCCGCAACCAUACCACAUCCCUGAGUUCCUGGACGUUAUGACGAUGUCGUCAAGUAGUGUAAUGGAGCAUGAAUACCAGCCCUCGGAACAUACCCGCAAGACCUUGAAGCAGCGUUUUGGUCUCAAGAAGAAGUCGCAUUCUACCUAA